GCACUCAUAUCUAUUCUAUGUGAAAGUGCGCUUGUGUGUUUGUGUGUGUGUAUGUGUAUCCAUGAGUGCAUGUAUGUCCAGAAGAAAAGCAAGAGGAAGAAGAAGCAUUCGAGGUACACUAAGUAGCAGUAUUGGAGCCGAAAGGAAGCACUAAAAGCCAAUUCGCCAGUCCAAUAACGGGAAAACGGGAGCUGCGGAAGUAGAAGCAAUAUCAGGCAAAGGACAACUACGGUAGUAAUGGUGGAUAAACGAGAGCAAGAGUUGAAUAUCUGUGGAAUUGAAGAACUUACAAAGGAAUCACAAAAGGAGGUGCAGCGGUAAAACGCUGUAAAUUAGUUGUGGAGCAGUUUAGAAAGCAGAAGCAGCAGCAGCAGCGCAAAUUUCAGCGGCAACGCUGCUGCUACACGGAUUAUGGGCUGUGGACAAAGUAAAAUCCAUUUAUAUCCCAGAAAAUCAAAAAGCAAAGCAAAUGGAAAGAAAGGAGGUCACGCUGACUCAGAUGCUGAAACAGACGAAGAUGAAGGCCACAUUGAAGACGCAGAGAAGUGUCAAAAUCGAGAACGUGAUAAACAUGAUGAGAACGAUGAGCAAAGCAAUAAAGAUGCACAGGACAGUGAUGAGGAUGUGUCUGUAUCAUUACUGCGAGCCAAAAAUCUAUCCUUGCUGCAAAGCCAAGAAAUUUCUACGAGCCAGCAGAACUUCUUUCGCAUGCUCGACAGAAAGAUUGAAGAGGGACCCGAUUACGAUUCAUCGAGUGAGACGGAGAUCGCACUUGAAGAGGCCAGGCUGAACGCUUUAGUGCAACACUGGGAGUCAGCGAGUCUGACUGCCUCUAUUUGCUCCUCCGCCAGCCGCUCGUUGCAAACGACACCGAUUCGCCAAGCACCAGUAAAACAACUGGCAACGACCAGAACCGUGAUGCAGCCCACGGUCGCUGUACCGGUACCGAUGCCGAUGCCAGUGCAGCAACCAGUGCUGGCCACAGACUUUCUAACACACGGCGCGUCACCAACGGCGGCUCAGUUGUCGGCGGCAGCGGUAGCGGCCGAUUUCAUCAUACAAUUAAUGAGAUUGGUAAAGAAAGUGUUCCGUCUACCAGACAACUAA